AGAUUCAUAAGAGUGAAGACACAAAGAACAAGACUGGAGAGACGCUGGAGGCGGCAGCAGCAGCACCAACCUGUUUCCACGCAGGAGGAGCGCACUCCAACACCAAGACUCGUCUCCAGACAUCCCAAAAGAGUAAACUUCUGUCACAACCAGAAGAGGACCGAAAAAAUCCUGAUGAAAGUGAUUUUCGACUAAAUGCUCGCGCGUUAUUUGUGCGUAAAAGUAAGAUUUGCGCUGGUUGAACGAUGCGCUCCUGAUUUGGAUCAACGCGCAGUGAUAAAGGGCGAUUCUGCACUCGGAAGAAUUAUGUAAGGUUGUCCGGACGCCUUAGCCUGCAGUAUAACCCACAGACGCAGCCAUGAAAUCUGUGCUUGAUGGCGUGGCGGACACCACCUUCCGGACUAUCACCUCUGGUUUACAGUAUCUGGGCUCCAAUGAUGCCAACUACGAUGACCCCAUCAGAGAUGUAGACUUCAAGGGCGGCUUCUCUGUGCAGAAGCCUCUGUCUGCUUUCCGCAGCGACUCCUUCCCAAACAAAGUACCUGCAGAGGAAGAGUUGAUCCUGAAGGGCAUCCCGUUCCUCCCCACCAAUGCCACGGACUUGUUUGGCAACAGGAGCACAAUCAGAGAUGAGACUAAUAAUAUACAAUGUGGGGAGAACUUUAUGGACAUGGAGUGUUUCAUGAUCCUGACCCCCAGCCAGCAGCUGGCUGUGGCUGUGAUGUCUCUGACUCUGGGUACCUUCACGGUGUUGGAGAACCUGGUUGUGCUCUGCGUCAUACUGCAGUCCCGCACCCUCCGCUGCCGGCCGUCCUACCACUUCAUCGGCAGUCUCGCUGUGGCCGACCUGCUGGGUAGCGUCAUCUUCGUCUACAGCUUUUUGGACUUCCACGUUUUCCACAGGAAGGACAGCCCCAAUAUUUUCCUCUUCAAGCUGGGUGGAGUCACAGCGUCGUUCACAGCGUCGGUGGGGAGUCUUUUCCUCACUGCCAUCGACCGCUACAUCUCCAUACACCGGCCGCUCGCCUACAGGCGCAUUGUGACACGGACCAAGGCAGUCAUAGCCUUCAGCAUGAUGUGGGCCAUCUCCAUCAUCAUCGCAGUGCUGCCCCUGCUGGGCUGGAACUGUAAGCGUCUCAAUUCUGUUUGCUCAGACAUAUUCCCCCUCAUCGACGAGAACUACCUGAUGUUCUGGAUCAGCGUAACCAGCGUGUUGGUUCUUUUCAUCAUCUACGCCUACAUCUACAUCCUGUGGAAGGCCCACCACCACGCUGUGCGGAUGCUGAGCCGUGCCUCCCAGAAAAGCCUUGUCAUCUACUCCGCCGAUGGGACUAAAGUGCAAACCACACGCCCUGAUCAGGCACGCAUGGACAUUCGUCUGGCUAAGACCCUGGUCCUUAUCCUGGUGGUACUGGUGAUCUGCUGGGGCCCACUGCUCGCCAUCAUGGUCUAUGACCUCUUCUGGAGGAUGGAUGAUGACAUCAAGACAGUAUUUGCAUUCUGUAGCAUGCUCUGUCUGCUCAACUCCACCGUCAACCCAAUCAUCUACGCCUUGAGGAGCAAGGACUUGCGACAUGCCUUCCUCAGCUCGUGCGGCGCUUGCAGGGGCAGUGCCCAGCAGCUGGACAACAGCUUGGAGUCGGACUGCCAGAACAGGAAUGCCAACAUUUCCGCCAAAAGGGCUGCAGAGAGCUGCGUGAAGACCACUGUGAAAAUAGCCAAAGUAACCAUGUCCGUGUCGACUGAAACGUCCGCAGAAGCUGUCUGAUCGGCCGUCGCAGGGAAAACGUGUAAAUGUCAUCCUCCCUAAGCGGUGCCAUUCCACGUGAGAAAGCAGAGGUCGGGCCUCUCCUGAAAGUGUUGACAUCCAUCCUCACGUUAACGCUUGAGUGGCUCCAUAAUUUUAUGUUUGUCUAUGAGUACAUAGUGUGCCAAAGUGCCAAAGGGUGUUGCAAGAUCGUAGUAAGGACUCCCAGGUGGAAAGGAUCAUGAAAGAUGAUCAUAAGUUUACCAUCGACUUCAUGAAAACCAGUUAGCAAAGGCAUAUUAUAUUUUUGUACUGUGAAUUCAGGUUUAAAAGAGAAUAUACCUUCAUUUAUGGGAAAAGGGGCUAAUGAAUUUUCCAGUAGAGACGUUUUACAGUCAUUUAGAGAUGAACAUGUGUCUUGCACCGUAAACACAACAAAACAUAGCGCCUUGACUUUCUACAGGCUUCAUGUUGCAACUGAAUAUUUCUAUAAAUAAAUAGAAACAAUAAUUUCUCUUUUUUUCUUCCAAAAUUGCCAUCAAACACUCUUUUUUGUGUUUUCUGCAUCACUCAGUGAGUGGCUAAUGUGUGAACAGAUUUUUCAGAAAUGAUCACGAAACAAAAAAAGUACAAAUGUGGUGAAAUAGAUGCACACACUUGAGUUUGUGCGAUCAGAGGUGGCUUUCUUCUCUCCUAGCUGUUCUCCUUGAUGGGUACCACGUCUCUGCUCUAACCUCUACCCAUCCACUGUACAGUGUUGCUUCCUCUCAAAAUGAAGUGUUCCAAUUCAGCCAAGACGACAUCAACGCCAAGCUUUUUGGUCGAAGCUUGAACAGAUGCAGUGUGCUGGUCACUACUGCGGGAAACUGAAGUGCUUUCUGAAAAUAGCUGCUUUCAUCCGAUCUACGACUUUACUGGAUUUAGCCUUGUGUGUGUGUGAAACCUUGUGACUUGGUGGUCCGUUUCUAACCCCAGAGCCUUUUGAUCAUUGCAGUGAGUUGUUUUAAUGCUACUGUUGCAGCGGGAGAUCAUUUCGGGGAAGAAAAGAAACCCAUGCACAGAGCUGGUGAAGUAGUUUUGGCGUAACUCUUAAUAAUAAUAAUAAUAAUAAUAAUAAUAAUAAUAAUAAACAUGUCUGCUGUUAAUUUUUACUUCUCAAAAAAAUUUAAAUAAAGAAACCACGAAUGUCUUUAGCUGGUAACUUGAAGGGAAGCUUGUGUGCGAGGAUUACGCAGAAGUUAAAACUGACCUUAAAAGGCGAGAGGGUGCGAUUUGUUGAACGUAGAGUCUGUAGUACUAGAAACCUCACAGCACAACUGUUCUGUAGACAUUUAUCUUGGUGUGAAGUUAUCCAGACUGCUGUUUCAGUAUGCUUUGCUGCCUCCUGUAAUUUUAAAUAUUAAAAGUCAAAAUGUCAACUUGUCAAGUGGCUUCUGUACCUUGGUGGCAUAAUGAGGAAUCUAACUUCAAGAUCACAAUCGGUCAAGUGUUUUGUUUAUUUUUUAUUAUGACUGUGUUAAAACUUUUAAAUAAAGUUGCAGCUGGUGUCA